UCAUAUUGGGCAAAUAUGAGUUGUAGCUCUUUUUAGGACUUAAAAAGAUAUUUGUGAUGGGUGCUUGUUAAUGCAAGUGUUUAUGUCUGUGUAAAGUUUACAACAGGUUGCUUAGUGCUUGCCUAAUAAGGAGUGAUAUGUUGUGCUUGAUUAAUCUAUGGACUUUGAGCAGCUGGAGACUGACUAUACAGAGAGUGCAGGAAAGAUGAAAAAAGAGAGUGAAAGAAAUAAAGGAAUCAACAUAGCAAAAGAGAAGGUGGGGGGAUUCAAUUGAACAGAGGUAGGAGAAUAGUAACAAAACCAGUUACUGCAAGUUACUGUACAUGUAGAGAAUAAAAGUAGUGAGUGAGUCUGUACAGCAGUGUGUAAAGUAUAAAAGGAUUUGCCUGACAGUUUUUGGUGAGUUGAAGAUCGAAACUCUGUCAAAACAUUGAAAAACAAACUGUGCAAGAGAGGAAACUUUCUGACCACUACAGUAGGAGCACAGAGAUAAUGACUGCUGACGAGAGAGAGUGGGCACACAAAGACUGAGAAAGAAAGAGGGGACACCUGAGAAGACGUAGCGAGAGGGAGGACAGUGGAUCAUUAUGGGAGUCAAAUGCAAGGCUUGUGCAGCCAUCGUCCUCAUCCUCCUUUUGCUUGGCACCAUGUGGCUACAUGGGAGCCUGGACCAGCACCUGGAUACUUGUCUGAAAAUUUAUGUUCCGAAAAACAAGGCUGUCUCUUUGAACAGAGUUAACUGGUCAGAGGAUGGUGAAGCUCCACUGAAGGUGUGUCCUGGUCAGAGGUUUCAAGUUGCUAAUUUGCUGGCUCACCUGAAGGCUGCACCAGUCUCCACCAAUGAUGUGCUGCUAAAGCCAUAUCUGGCAAGCUGGGAUGAGCUUAUCAAGUUUAUGGAAGCCUUGGGGCCAAUGGUGGGUUUAAUUUCGCAAGAAAUUGAAUCAAAGACUGCCAUCAUCCGUGAUCUAACCAAAAAACAUGAGAAAGAAGCUGAGAAUAGAAUGAAAGAUAAAAAAAGAAUGACUGUGGGGAGAGACACAGGCAUGGUGAUACCUCAUAAAAGACCUUCAAACUCUCCUAAAAUUAAUCACAUACUCUCAGAUGAAACAUUUGGUUACAUUUCUAUUCGGUCUAUGAUUAAGUGGGAGAUGAAGAACGGGUUGGUAGACUUCCAGAAGUAUACAAUCUCAGGCUGCAGGACUCUGCUGCGUUUGCAUCGUGCUCUGCUUUGGCUGCAAAACUUCCUACAUGAAUUGGGGAAGGAUGCAUCUGAAGGAGGGCAUCUACGUAGACCUUCUGACCUCUGCAAAGAGACCUACCAACGUACACUUGCCCAACAUCACACAUGGUUGGUGAGGAGAGCAGCGGAGCUGGCCUUUCUCGCAAUGCCUGAAAGACCUUUUUUCUACCAGUUGGUGUGUGUGGAGACACAGGCAGAAGCAGCUGUGGUGCUAGAUAGGGUGGUGAGAGCAAUAGAAGAAGUGUACGAGAGAACUGAAGGAGCUCUUGAUGAACACAAAAUGCUGGACCUUCCAUGAACAUAGAAAGAGAGAGGGAAGAUAAAGAGAAGAACUGUCAGGAUCACACUUGCCACUCAUGAGUGUAGUUGGGCGGGGCCAACAUGUUGGCUUGGGUAUAGUGCAGUAUAUGAACAUGAAACCUGUGGGUUUGGACAUUUUGGGAGGGAUACCCAGAAGCUAAUUUGCUUUAGAUCUUACUAAUAUACUCCAUGAAUGGUACAUUUUCUUAAAGAAUUAUAAGUGACCAAAUUCUCCAAGUGAGAAAACAAUCGAACAGACACUUCCAUAACGAACAUGUGAAUUCAGAAUGCAGAAAGAGCUGAUGCAGAAAUUUGUAAAUGAAAUCCACUAUGACCAACACUUUCACAUUUUUGAAAAGGGUGAUAUUAGAAAGUCAUUUUUUAAUAAACAGUACAAAAUAAGGUACUGUUUGGUUUACAUUACUAUUGAAUUACAGCUCCUGUAUUUCCACACAUGUAAAUGGUCUAUGGAACUACAGAACAAAAUUAUAAUGGAGGAAAUGGACUGUUCCAUCUAGCAAACAUGCUGUGCUCAUUGUGUGUGAGCAUUUUGCAGGUAUUGCUCCCACAUAUUUAUUUGUAAAUUCUAAUAGCCAGUCAAAGGUAGAAAAGAUAUUAACACUGAUUCCAUUUAUAGUUGUUUGGCUAGAUGCUACUACUUAUAACCAAAAAAGAAAAACCCCCUAGAGGAAACCCUAAAAGACCAAAUAAAAAA